GCUUGUGGGGGCCACGACUUUGGAAGAGUAUAAACUCCACAUUGAAAAGGACGCGGCCUUUUGCCGCCGCUUCCAGAACAUCGUCGUGGAGGCGCCCAGCAAGGAGAAGGCCCUUUCAAUCCUGCAAAGAGUGCGUCCGCACUACGAGCAGUUCCACCAGCUGGAAAUCCCGGAAGAAGUGCUGGAGGCGGUGACGAACAUGUCGGACCAGUACGUGAAGCAGCGGGCCUUUCCCGACAAGGCGCUGGACCUCCUCGACGAGUCUUGUUCUUGGAAACGCGUUUCCCACAACAAAAAAAUAAAUGUCCUCAACAAGCAGAUCGCGCAGCUCAAGAAGAACAAGCUCCCCGAGGAAGAAGAGGAGCUGAAGAAACUGCAGGAGGAGUUGGCUGCUCUCGAGGCGCUCACUGCGGGGGGGCGGCGGCUGGUGCUGGAGACCAACGACGUGGCCCACAUCUUGAGCCAGUGGACUGGAAUCCCGAUGGGCAAAAUGACGGAAGACGAAGUCUCGCGGGUGUUGAGGCUCGCCGACAUUUUGUCUCUGAGGGUUGUUGGACAAGACCGAGCAGUGAAGGCCGUGGCCGACGCGCUGGCUAUUCAGCGCGCGGGGCUGAGUCCGAAGAACAAGCCGCUGGGCACUUUCCUGUUCCUGGGGUCUUCGGGGGUGGGCAAGACGGAGCUGGCGAAGGCGGUGGCCGAGGAAAUGUUUGACUCUGAAAAGAACUUAAUCAGACUGGACAUGGUGGAAUAUCAAGAAGCCCACAGCAUUUCGCGGCUGAUCGGCCCGCCGCCGGGCUACAUGGGCAACGACGAGGGCGGGCAGCUCACGGAGGCCGUGCGCCAAAAGCCCCACAGCGUGGUGUUGUUCGACGAAGUCGAAAACGCGCACAAGAACUUGUGGUCUUUGCUGCUGCCGAUGCUGGACGAGGGCCACCUGUCGGACUCGAAGGGAAACCGGGUGGACUUUACGAAUUGUUUGAUAAUUUUGACUUCCAAUAUUGGCCAGCAGUACAUUUUGGACAGUUACAAGGAAGUGCGGGCGCUGACGGCUGGCAACGAGAAGGACAAGGCCAGCAGCAACGGCAGCAGCAGCAGCAACGGCGAAGAGCCCGGCAAGUCCUCCUUCAAAGGCACGGGCAAAUCCCCCAAAGACAUUCUCCGGAGAAUGCGCCAGAAGGUUCUUAAGGAGGUCUUCGGCUACUUCAAGCCGCAGGUCAUCGGCAGGAUGAGCGAGAUCAUCAUAUUUGAGCCUCUGGGGGAAACCGCCAUGAAGGGGGUUUUGAACUUGAAGCUUUCGGCGCUGCGGAACAGUUUAGCAGCAAAAGGAAUUGACUUCAAAGUCGCCGACUCCGCCCUGGGCUACAUCUUGGAAAGGGCCUGGUCCCACAAGUUCGGAGGCCGCAGAAUGGCCAAGUACCUGGAGAAGUACAUAAAGCCCCGAGUGGCGCCGCUUUUGAUUUCCGGCAAACUCAAGGCGGGAGACAGAGCCGUCUUGGCGCGCUCCAACACAAACCCCAAUCAGCUCAACUUGAUUGUGUGCGAGCUGAACGAAGAAGGCGUUUGCAAGCCGGGAACGAAGUACGGCACGAAGCUGGUCACGCAGGAAGUGAAGCCGCAGGACGGAAACGAGGAUGAAGAGGACGCAAUGGACUAG